AUGCGCGAUCCGCUUCUGAAGCGUGGCUCCGCUGCAGUUUGCGGAGCGGUGGCUGCUAAAGCGGCCGCGGGGGGAGACGGCGGAAGGAAACACGAGGGGAGUGAAGUCCCCGGGGGAAAAUGCGAGGAGGGCGAAGGCGCCGGGGGGAAAGGCUCCGGAGACGAAGAGUUGAAGGGGCUUAGGAAGACGGUUAGCGGGAAGAAUCUACGUGAAACGAAAGAGAAGGAGACGAUGCUGAAGGAGAGGCAGAAGACGGAGAAGAGGCAGAAGAGGGAGAAGAAAGCGAAGAAGGGCAAGAAGGAGAAGAAAGAAAAGAAGGAGAGGGAGGAGAAGAAAGAAAAACUUCAGCGAGCGAAGACUAGGGAGGAGGGUGACGGCGAAGGCGCGAGCGCGUGUGAGCGCGCGGAGGGUGACGGUGCGAGAAGGCUUCUGAAAGGAAGGGUCGCGGAGGAGGGUGUUGCGGGAAGGGGCGGCGCGGAGGAGGGAGAUGAGGCGCAACCUACCGGAGCGGAAGCCUCGCGGAAGGGGGGAAGUUCAGCGGAGGAUUGUGCGGAAGAGGAACCCCCCGAGCGCUCCUGGCGCACCGUGUUUUCCGCCGCUUCCUCCGCGGAUCGCUCCCCCAAACCCUCCCGCGGGCUCCUCACCGACCCUGACCCCGUCCCGAUCCAAAGCAGCAGGCUCGGGGACGACUUUGCCCCGAGCCAAAGCUUCAGCUUUGGCGUCGGUGACCGCAACGAGGAGGAGGAGAGGAGGAGAGGAGGAUCCGAGGAGGAGGUGGAGGAGAGGAGGAAGCAGAAGAACAGUUUCUAUGCAUGCAUUUCAUGGUCUGGUGCUUCGGGGAGGAAUUGA